UUUUUAAGAUAUCAUCAUAUCUGAUACUCCUCGUGUUUAGUUUAUCACUAAAAUGAGAAAAGUCCGAAGCGGCUCGAUGUUAGUACCGUUGUCCGAAUGACCUUAAAGAGAUAAAUAUAUGCAACUAUUUCUGGAAUUCCCCUGGUAUCCCCCAUCUACAUCAAGUUUCUAUAUAUCUAUACUUCCACUCUUAACGGCAGUCUCGUUUCGCGCGCGAGAAUGAAGUGUCUAUACGUCGGAAUUGUGUUUUUCAUGUAUAACUACAUAAUAUGGGGCCAGGAUUUGGUAUUCCCGACUGACGAAGAAACGUCCCAUGUUAGCGGUGGCAAUUCCACGACAAUAACGGAUCGUAUACCCGUGUCGAUACCGGACAGUUGCCCGAAAAACAUGCUUCUCUAUCCAGGCAGUGGUUCGAAGGAUGCCUGGGUGUGUGACUGUAGGCCACGAUUUCUGUACUUCCCACUGACUGACUCCUGCCACGAAGCCUACAGGCAAGGCCCCUGUCCAUCCAAAAAUUAUGUUGUUCUCCCUAAGGACGAGGUAGUCCCCCGUUGCGUGGAGAAUCCUUGCCUAGAGGAUGGUGUAGUACCUUACAACGGCACAUGUUAUCCUCUCAGAACCAUAGGUGGCCCGUGUGCACCCACAGGCGUGUUAGGCGUGAAUGAGACCACCUUCCAGUUGGAAUGUAUACCAGUAAACACUGCGCCCUUCCAGAUACUAACGACCAUUCCCCAGGGGAUGUGUCCACCAGGUAGUCGCAGGAGCAUGGUUGGAACAUGUAGCAGGAUAUGAUUGGACAUGAGUCCUAAUUCAGUUUUGCUAUCUCUAUUUUAAAUGAUUUCAUGUGACAUAUCGCAAUGUCAUAUUGCGUUUUUUUUUUAUUUAAUAUACCGUUAUACCAAGAUAAUCCAGAAAAAAAAACUUAGGGUAAUUCUGCUUUAUAUAUGACAAGCAGUUUACAUGCAACAUGCCUUGUGAUAUUAUACAAAAUCAUUUUAUUGUUUUUUUUCUAUGUUGUAUUAUUUCAAUAAAAAAAACUAUA